UCCUUGGGGCGGGCGGACAAAACCUGCCCGUGCGCGCGCACACAAUGCGCAAAGACUCUCACUUUGAGCAGUUUGCCCCGAGAUUUGUGACAAUGAAGUAAUCUGCAGACACUUGCAAGCGCAACCAUCUUUAUCAAGUAUGGCACGGCGCAUAAAACGGGCCAAACCGCGGGGCAGAAGGAUGAGGUGCUGGGACACAUUGUGGCAAGUCUCCAUACCCGCGAGCCCGGCACCACCGGGUCUUAUACCCACUGCUGGCUUCUCACUUAUUGCAAAUCCAUAACGGCUAGAAGCUGCCCUGACUGUCAAAGUUGACCUUCCGUUUUUUUGGUGAAAACCCGACCACUCCAAACACGAGCAAGCUCAUCGCGUAUAGUGUCAAAUAAUUUUCAAGUACUGCAGCGGCUUGGCGGAGCGAGUCCUGACCGCAGGAAUGCUCUGGAGGCCUUGCUGACGGACUUGCUGCUGGUGCCUUUCUCCCAGCCCGCGGAACGACGAAAGCCACUCGUCGGGGAGAUGGGGAUAGUAAAGAAGGCGAUGGGAGCGCUUGGGUUUGGCGAGAAGCCAAAGCAAAGCAAAUCAGGCAGUCCACGCGGAAGUGCGACAGCAUCCGUUGUUCCGCUCGGGGCACUCAGCAGUCAAAACUCCGAGGAACUCCCCGCUGAUUUGCGUCUGGCACUUAACUCAGUAGAUAAUCAUGGGGACGACGGCAGGACCUGGGCGCAGCCAGCUUACCGAGGGUCUGGAGACGGGCGUGCGCUGCCUGGCACCUCUACGGCCGCAAUUCGGGCCAUGUAUGGUCCCUUAGACUCGCCUGGUCCAUCUGCAUCAGGGACGCCCCGCGGUCCCUCGUGCACCGGAGGCGGUCAUGGCGAGGCGCCUCCUUCUGUGGCGGGCACCGUGCACCCGCACCAAAAGCUGGCGUCACCCAUCGGCAGGCAGUCCCAGGGCAACAUGCAGCUGCCCAGCCCGCUUUGCACCGCUACAGCCACGCCCCUGGCCCGCCACAUAGCGAACAGGGCGCUGCGCAAGGCAGGCGACUCGGCACCCCUCUCACUGCCCAGCCUCACUGGCGGCCUGCGCCUGCGCGAUGCGGGCGCGGCGGCUCCAGCAGCAGCCGGUGCUGCCGGUGGCGGCGGCAGCAGCGGAGGCGCACCGCAGCAACGAGUGAGCAGCGGCGGCAUCGGGGACGGCACCUCGCCGCGCCCGCCCACGGUGACCUCGGUCCGCAGCAUGCGGGAGGCGUCGCCGCGCAUGCGCCGCGCCACUACUCUGGACGUGGUGGCGGAUCACUCGCCCGCCUCCAUUAGUAGCGGUGGCUCGGGCGCGCCGCUCAGCCCCAAUGGCCCCAGUGCCGCAGCCAUCUCUGCGCCCACUAGCGUAGGCGAGGGCGGCGCAUUGUCUCCAAGCGGCGUUGGCGGCGGCUCAGGCGGCAGGCCCGAGCGCUUCCACCGCCUGCACUCGCUGCCAGCCUCGAACCCCGCAUUCGGCUCUAUUAGCAGCGGUGCGCUAAGUCCACCUGGCAGCAGCGCUCAUUACUCCGGCCCCACCGCCCAAUUCUCCUCGCGUGACGAGCCGGCAUUUACUCGCGAGGAGGACGAGGUACCCCCGUCUACUAGCGGCCCGCUGCCCACGCUAUCCGCCGGCCCAAGUUCCACGUCGCCACGCGACCGCGAGGUGUCUGUUGGCUCCUACGCAAACCAGUACCACCACCAGCAGCAGCAGCUCGCGGGCGGAGGCUCCGCGCCGCACCCUCCCCCUCUGACGCACCACAACUCGAGCCACAGCUUGAAUCAGCACAUGCACGGGCCCAGCCACCUACGCCCCAUGCCCGCGCCGCUGCUGAGCCCGCAGCCGCAGGCGUCCACUGCCGCCGCGGCAGCGGCAGCGGACGCGCGCCGCGCGCCGCAGAACCGCCGCCGCAGCGAGAUGUCGAUGCUGGUAGUGCCGGCGCCGGAGACGCCGCUGCCGCGCCUGAAGAAUGCUGCCACCGCGGCCGCUAGCAUCAUCGCCGACAGCAACACCGUGGGCCGCCAGCAGCUGGCGACGGAGGCGGCUGGCCAUGCUGACUUCUACGUGGACGAGGGGGAGCCCGGCAUGGAGGGCAUUGAGGAGGGCGAGGCGGAGGGCGCCGGCGCCACUGCUGCUGGCGGUAGCGACGGGGACGAGGCGAUUGAGGACCUCCUGCCCACGCGGCCCGAGCCGCUGCGGGCCGCGACGGCGCUGUCGGUGCAGGUGCCGUUGUCGCCGCCCUCAGCGGGCCUAUCGGUGGCGGCGUCCGCCGGCUCAGCCGGCUCAGAGAUUUCUGCAAAGUUUCCAGGACCCGGGCCAGCGUCCAACACCAGCCUUGGGUCGGCACAGAUGCCGGCGGGUGUUGCCGCGGCGGCGUCGGCCUUCAGCGCGGGUAGCGGCAGCAGCACGCGCCUCAGCCCCGUGGUCAGCCCCGGCACAGAGUGCAUUGCCAGCCUUGGCCCUGCGCCGCCGUUUGUGAUGACGUCGCCGACCGACGCGAAGGCACCGCCAAAGGCGUCAAGCGCAUCAAAGGACCCGUCUCUGAUGGACCAAUCACACGUACAGUCGCCCGAGCGCGCCGCGCCGCCGGCUGCUGCCCCGCCGCACGCCGUGCAGACCAAGCUGCAGCCACAGGCUGCGACUGCAGGCGCUGCUGCCUCAGGCACUGCUGCUCCUGUUGCUGGCUCGGGCGCCUUGACGCCGCGCUCGCCCUAUACGCUGCCGGUGCCCGGCGCCUUCGUGUCGCGGCCGGUGCCCAAGGACGGGCGGGUGCACCUGUCAUCGGCGGCGCCGCCCGCCAUGUCGCUGCGCUCGCCUGCGGCCUGGGGCGUGGGAGACUUCAAGAUUGUUCGCAAGCUGUACGCGGGCUACGCCAGCAGCGUUUACAAGGCCAGCUGCACGCACUCGGACACGGACGUGGUCCUCAAGGCCUACAACCUCAUGGGGCUGUCCACCUUCCUGCGGCACCAGGUGCUCCGCGAGCUGGACAUCCACGCGCGCCUGCACCACCCGUCCAUCGUGCACCUGAUUGCGGCGUUUAAGGAGGGCGAUAUCCUGGUGAUGGUGCAGGAGUACGUGCGCGGCGGCAGCCUGGACCGCGUGCGCCGCAAGCUGGGCGGCCGCAUGACGGAGUUCCAGGCCAUGCACCUGGUGCUGCUGCCACUGCUGAACGUGCUGCAGCACCUGCACAGCAAGGGCAUCGUGCACAGAGACAUCAAGCCGGAGAACCUGCUGUUCACUGAGGACUGGCAGCUCAAGGUGUGCGACUACGGCGUGUCCAUCUGCCUGCACGAGGAGCGCGCGGUGACGCGCACCGGCUCGCGCGAGUACAUGGCGCCGGAGGUAAAUGUGUGCCCGCUGAAGCGCGGGCCCGACGACAACAAGGACAAUGAGGUAAUGGCCUACACGCCGGCCGUGGACGUGUGGAGCCUGGGGGCGCUCAUGUACGAGCUGCUGGUGGGCUUCACGCCCUUCCCCGGCGGCCCGCCCGCGCGCCCCACGGCCGGGGAGGCAGCGCCGCCCGCCAAGGCCCUGGCGUACCCGGGCGGUGUCAGCCAGGAGGCACGCACGUUUGUGCAGUCGUGCCUGGACAUAGAGCCCUUCAACCGGCCCACCGUGCCACAGCUGCUGCAGCACCCAUGGAUCCAGAAGUCGCUGGAGCAAGACAUUAAGCCCUGAACAGCGCGGGUAGCAAGCGGGCGGGGUCAGCACAUAAGUGCUGCGGAGGUCCACGCAAAGAGGGAGAGGCCCGCUGGCGGCGGCGGCGGCCUCAACUCGGUCUUCAGCAUGGGCAGUUGGCAGGCAGGGCACAGCAGGAACAGGCAUGCCCUACGCAUGCCAUGCGGACAUGCAGCGAACGAUGCAAGGACACCGGGUGGUCUGGAGGUCUGAUUUACUGGUACCGGGCUGGCAGUAACCGCGUCAACUGCCAUAUGGCUGCACGGACUGAACUCGUUCGUGCGAGCAAGCACGUGGAGCAAGCACUAGGGUAUUGUUUCGCGCCGCAAAAUGUCGUUUUUCUGCGGAUUUGAGCGAGUGAGAGGCACGGUGAUGGCACGCAUAAAACAUACAUGGCAGGGGGAUGCAUCGACCUGUUGUUGGGCAAUCGACACCCACGUAACCGUGUGCGACAGCCUCGGGUGCGAACGAUGCUGGCACUGGCAGAGCUCUGGCGUGGGUGCACGCCGCGCGCUCUGUGCCUGCCGUGAGAUACUGACAGCACUACAGCGUUUUGCGGUGCGGGCAGCAAGCUGACUGACUCAAUGGUGCGAAUAUGUGUGUGCGUGCGUGCGUGGGCUGCAGCUAUGGGCAGCCAUCAGGAGUGAGCGCUUUUUGCACUUUGGCGCCAUGGGCCUGAGAAGCAUUAGAUAUGCGCUUAUUCCUCAAAUCUCGUGAUGUCCUUUAUUUGCCUUUACUAAUUUACCAACUACGCAACAGCAGGACCUAUAUCCUGCUUUAUGUCUUUUGUGCCUAUCUGAACGCUGAUGUAAUAGGUCAUGACCUGGGAGGCGGACAGUCACCAUAGCUGCAGUGCCACUGCGCGUAUGCGGUGCGCGUUUGUAUGCGCUCGUGACACACGAUAGGCGAGGGCAAUCGUAAUGGGUUUGCGUGGGUGCGCCCCACGGGUGCGCCCCCAACUCCCAGGGGCAUGGCGAAGGAGGUUUGGGUUUCCCCUAUGGGCUGAGUGGCCUGAGCCUACACUACAUCACGCCUUUUGCGACGGGUUGAUAGCAGGGCAAAGGAAGCAUGGCACAACGAGGGAACACUGUGUCCGGGGAUCAAGGUAUUGUUGUGAUUUAUGGUUGAGGGGUCACUUCUUCCUAGCCAUAGGAGAAGGAAAGCCAAGCCUAAGCAAAGCCCGGAUAUGAUUGUGCAUGGGGGGCUGGAUUGAGUUCGGGGUUUCACUAUUACGGUUGACUCUCAGACGUGGGCGGUGAGAGCCGCAGCCAUUUAACCAUUUGUCGAACGUUUACGGCUGUAUCCUAGCCAGAGUAGGGGCGGCUAAAAUCACUAAGCAGGGUAGUGGGGGGGAGGGUAGUAGUGGGUAGGCAUACAUGGGGCGCGGCGCCUGGACGAGGGGGGCCGAGGAUGCUCAUAAAUUAACAGAUGAUUCAGGUAACGGAUUGGUAAUGCGGUGAUUGAAUGCCCCGAAGCGGUGGACAAGCGGGGAGUAGCACCGUGGCAUGCAAUAUGGCACGGUGGGUUUUAAUGCCACCAAGAGCUCUGUCGGCAGUAUACACGUUCAGGGGCCUGGCCACAGCAAGGGAGUGCCUUGACUGGUUACCUCUGCGACUGCAAGCUGUGGGACUGGUGUGUAAAUGUACGUAAGCAGGAAUCGAAACCGUAUCAUGUGUGCACGGGUGUGGCUGUACUGCACGCAUGGGCAGAUUGGCCGCCUUUAAGCCGUGCGCAUACAGGGGGCAAGCCUUCCUGGACAGGAUGCACCCGAGCAACCUCCCUUGUGAUUGACAGGCACUGUCAGACAGGUGUAUACCUGAUGAUGCGGAUUUGCACGACGGCGUUACGUGCGUAGUAGGUGGAGCGGGGAUAAACUCUUACGCGGUAAGAACGUACGUAUGAUUGCGGUAUUACAAGAGAGGACAACCUGAGCGUGCAAGCACGCAGGGGCCAUCGAAUGCUGCCAGGACCUACGUAUGCUCAGGCUGGUGUCAGGUUCGCGUCUUUCAUCUGUGGCAAUCUUGGCCGCUGUUUUCUGGUGAACCGGGCGUCUGGAUGCUGGUGCUGUUAGAUGAUGAUAUGCUAACGAGAGGCCAAGGACGAUCAGAAGUCAACACAUGUGCUUCAGGUAACGGAUAGCGAUUGCAAAGACGUCCAUCCAGGCGGAGCCAGUUCCGGGGCAGGGGUCACAGGCGUAUGGGGCAGGACACAACGCUGUGCGUUUUUGCUGCCUGGGCGAGUGGGUUGGCCUGGGUUUGCUGGUGGCGCAACCCCAAACCCCGCCCCCGCCCCCGAGUGGGCACUAACGCACAGGGCGAAGGCGGUCCCGUCGCUGGAUGGUGGCCGCUCCGUGCGGGUGGGGCGCGGCGCCUGGACGAGGGGGGGGGGGACUGGGGGGGCGAGGGCCCUGCUAGCUCCGCCCUUGGGCACGCCGGCAAGGCAGCGGUUCGAUGUAAUUUUGGUACCCU